AUGCCGGCCUCGACGGAGUUGUCGCAGACGUUACAAGUGCUGUCCGAGAAACUCAAGUCUGGCACAGAGCUGUUGAGUCGAUUGAAGGCUAUGCCUGAUAGAGUGCAGGAGAAUUGUAAGGAGUUUGAGAAGGGCAUACUAGCGGAUUGUGAUACACUGAUCGCGACCAUACAGCGGCGGAAGGAGGACCUGGUGAAACACGUACGUGAGGAGAGAGACUACAAAGCCCGCACAAUCAAAGAACAGGAGAAUUGUAAGGAGUUUGAGAAGGGCAUACUAGCGGAUUGUGAUACACUGAUCGCGACCAUACAGCGGCGGAAGGAGGAUCUGGUGAAGCACGUACGUGAGGAGAGAGACUACAAAGCCCGCACAAUCAAAGAACAGAUCGGGACGGGCCUCAUCAACCGGGUGGCUAACGUGGACAUGUUCUGGCACAAGGAGGUUCCGUCUACGCCGCGCGUGUCCGCUGAGUUUGACCUAACACUGGACAUGAAGACUCUAGUCACGAUGAUCAGUCAACUCGACUUCCUACAGAUGAAAC